AUGGCUUACAUCAGAGCUGCCUCCAAAGCCACCUUAGAAGAGUACAGCAAACACCACACUGACUCUGUUCAUAGACCAACAAGCUUCCCUUCAAAUCAAUACCCAUUAUUUCACUCCAAGGAUAACCGGGUCAUAGAUUCCACCAAAUUGUCAAAAGCCUAUGGCCCUGUGUUCACUGUGUAUUUGGGUUUGAGACCCACUGUGGUGUUGCAUGGAUAUGAAGCUGUGAAGGAAGCCCUGAUUGAUCAUGGGGAAGUAUUUGCUGGAAGAGGCAGUUUCCCUGUGGGUGAUAGAGCUUCUAAAGGACUUGGAAUCAUUUUAACUACUGGAAGCAGAUGGAAAGUGAUGAGGUGCUUCUCAGUCAUGACUCUGCAGAAUUUUGGGAUGGAGAAGAGGAACAUUGAGGACCGAGUUCAAGAGGAAGCCCGCUGCCUUGUGGAGGAGUUGAGGAAAACCAAGUGUGAGUGA